UAUGACAUUUCCGGAUUACCUUAAUUGGGAUUCAGCUUCCAUGUCUGACAGCCUUUCUCAUAAUGUAACUGGAGCAUCACCAGCUUUAUCUCAAAACUAUGAUGAUAUUGCACAACUUCUAGAUGAAUUGGAUAACUUAAAUAACUUGAAAACUCCUAUUUAUGAGCAAAAUGAUUUAUCGAAUGAUUUCACUUUCUCUGAUUUGGGAUCGCCUCUAAUGAAUUUUAAGAAUGACUUCAAUAAUAAUUUGGUAGAAUCGGACUGUUUUGAUUGGGAUCUACCUAGUUUUUUAGCUGAUUCUCCCUGUUCGGAAGUUGAAACACCCUUCAUAUCAAACAAAUCGCCAAAUGAAUAUUGUGUUCGGCCAGAUAUAUCAUGUUCUUUGGACGUUGGUUCACGUUUGACUGAUUAUUUUAUUCCAAGAACCAUGAAUAUACCUCUAAGUUCAUCUAAUGACAUGAGAACGCCUAAAAACCCGAGCGUUAGGUAUGUCAAGCUGAUUGCGGAAGCAAUACUGUCAAAAGAGGAUAAUAGGAUGUUUCUACAACAGAUUUACAAUUACAUAGCAGAGAAGUAUACUAUGUAUAGCAGAGAUGCGAGAGGAUGGAAAAAUUCUGUUCGCUAUAAUCUAUCGCUAAAUCGGUGUUUUGUAAAAACCAAUUUAGCUGGGAAAAAAAAGGGACAUUGGUGGACAAUACAUCCAGUGUGUAUUGAUGCUUUCAAGGUUGGUCGGUUCGCUCCUUAUAGAUUCCCUAGAAAACGUAAAACACUUAAAGCAGGUCAAAGUAAACAUCAACCCAAAGAAGCCGUCCAAAUGACCAAUACUCCCCUGCCGUAUAGUUCGUUGGUUCAAUCGUUAAGUGUUACUGGUCCUAGAGACGAGUUGUAUGCCCAACAUCAAAGGGCAAUAGAAGUAAUAAUGAAACAGUUGUCGAUUAAACAAGAAUUAAGUCCAAUCAGCUGUUCAUGUUUUCAAAUAAAAGGGCACAAAAUGAUUUAA